UGCACUUCCCCGUUUAAAGUCCGUCAGUCAGCGUCUCUCCGCCGAGCAGAGGUGACAGCAGUGAGCCUCCCGCUGCGCGCUCGGUGUUCUGUCUGCUCUCGGGCUCCCCAGCCGUGGCAUGUCCCGCCAUGUUCGACCUCAGCGGCGGCUGGAGUCUGUCUUUCGCCGGGUGCGGGUUCCUGGGGAUUUACCACAUCGGAGUUGCCAGCUGUCUGCUGGAGAAAGCGCCUUACCUCGUCAGAGGGGCCACCCAGCUGUACGGCGCCUCUGCCGGUGCUCUGACUGCCUCGGUGCUCGCCAGCCAGGCAUCUAUAACUAAAUGCUGUGAAGAUGUGAUUGAGGUGGCGAAGGAGGCCAGGAAGAGGAACCUGGGCCCCCUUCACCCCAACUUCAACCUGGUGAAGGUGAUAAAGUCAGGUCUGAAUCGUGAUCUGCCCUCUGACGCACAUGUCCUAGCCUCAGGGCGGCUGUGUGUCUCACUCACCAGAGUGUCUGAUGGGGAGAACGUGCUGGUGUCGGAGUUCAGCUCCAAAGAGGAGCUGAUUCAGGCGCUGAUCUGUAGCUGUUUCAUCCCCAUCUACUGUGGGCUGAUUCCUCCAUCCUUCAGAGGAGUGCGUUAUGUGGAUGGAGGGAUCAGCAACAACCUGCCACAGUCAGAUAUGAAGAACACCAUCACCAUCUCUCCGUUCUCUGGAGAGAGCGACAUCUGUCCCCGCGACAACUCCACCAGCUUCCACGAGCUGCGCUUCACCAACACCAGCAUUCAGAUGAACAUGGGUAACAUGUACCGCCUCAGCCGGGCCCUGUUUCCACCUGAACCCAAGGUGCUGGCUGAGAUGUGUCAGAGUGGGUAUAAGGAUGCUCUACGCUUCCUUGAAGAGAACAAUCUGCUGAUGCUGGAGAGUCCAACCCCCGGCCCCACCCUCCCUGAGAGCACCCUCAACUGCUGCUGUAAGCAUACUGAAACAACCAAGGAGUGGGUGCUCCGGAGGCUCCACCUACUGCAUAAACAGCACUGGUGGCUGGAUGAGCAGAUCGCUCUGCCUACGCCAAUCAAGAAAGUGUUCUGUGAAGCCUGCCAGGACAAAUCGGGGCUGUAUGCCAAGGUGUCUGAGAUGCUGCCAGUGAGAGUGGCUUCCUACAUGCUUAUGCCAUAUACACUUCCUGUACAGUCAGCCUACUCGGUGGCUCAGAGGUUUGUGGAGUGGAUCCCAGAGGUGCCAGCUGAUGUGCGCUGGCUGUUUGGGGUGGCUGGUGACGUAUACCGACAGGCCUGGAAAGAACAACCAGCCAACAGUGAUCUGUGCCUGAGGAAAUGUCUGAGUGCGCCGCCUCCACCCACUCACUAUGACAAACCCGUGCAGAGAGACAACCUGCCUGCUCUUUCCUCCCUCGACCUCCAUGGCAACUACUGGGAGAUCCACAAAUCUACCUCCUUGUGCUCCUCGUCCCACCACCACCACAGUCCUCGCUCCGCCCCCUCCUCACCACAACAGGUCUGCUUCUUUGUGGGCUCACAGGAUGAAACUCACAGCCAUGCACAGCAGUGAAGGGUUCAGGACUUCCUCUCUGUGAGGAGCUGGUGGAAAGUCUGAACCAAUCAGCAACAGUGUGUAAAUGUUUUAAGGGGACAUUGACUCUGAACACUCCAGGCAGAUCGAAGUGUUUGAAGCUGUGGAGGAGAGCACUGCAGCCCACUCAGCAGCUUUAUGCCCAGUUUUACAGUCUAUUUGUUUAAAGGGAUAGUUAUGGU